CCAAGGGGACACGAGUCAGUGUCAGCAGGAUACAACUUCAUAAGAAGUGUAACCGGAGAAGAUACAUCCAAGGAUGCAAGGUUGAGAACCAAGUUCUGGUUGGCAUUCAAACCAAGGUGGAGAUUUGUGGAGUUAGUUUGAAUCCAAGACAUGUUAUUAAUCAGAUGGAGCUUCAGUAUGAGUUGAAGAGAGUUUCAUUUGAAAAGAGGAGCAAGACCCUUGGAUGGACAAAGAGGGUUUCAAGGAUAAGCUUAAACCCUUAACUCACGUGAUCUCUCUCUCUCCGUUACGUAUGAGUUCGUACGUUUGCAGGCUUGUCUCAGAUAAGACAAAGAAAGCAUGCUGGUUAGUUACUGCUUUGCGUGAAGGGUUAAAGGAGCAGGAGACAAAAGGAACCAAAGCUUAACUCAAGUUAUGGUAGCAAGGGUUAACUCUACCUAUGGUUAGUUGUUGCUUUAGGUUAAGGCUCCAGCAGUAUAAAAGCAACAGAACAGGUCAGAGCUGGGUGUGCCGCUGAAGAAGAGCACCAAAGGGUGCGAAAGCACCAGGAGCUUUAGAGUGUAUAAACACCUAGGCUGAGAGUACUACAAGCACAUAAUUGCUUGGUAGUAGAGAAACUAGAGAGAGGGGAAACAGGGGUUUGAGAGAUAGCUUUGUAUUCACAUGAGAGGGUGAGAGACAAAGCUUGUAACCUCUUUAUCUAGUGGAUUGGUAGCUUGCCUACCCCCUGAGAUGUAGGUACCUCGAAUGAGGCCGAACUCAGGGUAAACAACUAAAGUGUGCUCCCUUUUACAUACCUGUCUUGCAUCAUAUCUCUUAUCAUCAUCAACUUCAUGCUACUGAGUUUUGCAUUCCAAACUAUCUAAGUGCAUAAGUGCUUGAACAAAUGGUAACUUGAUGUCUGUGUAGAGGCAUAGAUCUCAACAGAUUGGUAUCAGAGCCAGGUUGGCAAAGAAAGAAGUCAAGUUUGGUCGUAAAGGUUCAAGCUUUAUGUAAAGGUGGAAGCUUUCGGAAGAUGCAGCAGAGAUUUUUGAGAAAGUUGUAAGCUUUGUAAGAAGGUGAAAGCUUUACCUCAAGAUAUCUCUGGAAGAGUAUGGCUUUGAGAAGCUUUUGAGACCAGAAGGCGGAAGCGAAGUGGUUCUCGUCGGAGAUGGUGAAAUCAUUUGAAAGUAUAAACUCUCUGUGGAUUUCACAAGUGGGAAAGAUGAGUCAGAGGUGGAGAUGUUGCAGCAUCAGUGGCUAUCUCAGGUUGACUCGGAUGACACAGACUCGACGACAAAGUACUCGCCGGAAGUUGCAGAGAAUCUCACCAGAAGUACGUCUACGUAUUGUCUUCACUGUUGGGUGAAAGACGAAGGAGGGUGACGUCUUGCUGAGGUUUCUCAAGUGGCAAGAUUCAAGUGCUGAGACAGUUGUCAGGUUCACCGGAAUGUAUAACGGUAAUGGUGGUCGAGGAAGGUGAAGCCGUGGUCGGCAUCGACAAAGGCAGCAGAGAAGGUUUUGGGUUUCAGUUCCAGAUGGGUUGAAUUGUUUAUUUGGGCCUGAAGUUUCAGAAGCAACAAGUUGGGCAAGAUAUGUCCUAGCCCAAGUCAAAGUAAAGUUCUUUCUUUUCUGGUUUUCCUCGGUGAAGAAGAAGAUACAGUAAAUUCAGAACCGUUCGGUGGGAGCUUCGUAGCUCAGAUUUCAGAUGUUACGGGAAGAAAGUAACGAAGGUUCUAAGUGUGGAGAUGAGUUGUUUUCUUGCAACAGUCAACAGAAGAAGAGAAAUCUGAGAUCGGAGGUGACUUACUCGAUUUGUUGGUUUUUCAGAUUUGUGUCGGGUCAGACACAAGUUGGAGUUCUCAGUGGAUAACAUAUCUGGUUCAAAGUUUCUGCAACAUGGAAAAGAUGGAGUUUGUGAGAAGAUUGAAGAAACAAAAUCAUUCUUAUUCAGUGAUUACGUGAAUUGCAGUGGAGGUUACAUAUCUGGUGUGGAGGUUUCUCAGUAUUAUCAGCAAAGGGAUGUGCCAUAUCAGUGUGUCGAAAGUCUUUCUGAUAUUGAGUGUUAGAUGGCGUGUCUUGUUUGUUCAAACUGAUGGUUUUGUCCAAACGACGGUACACAUUUGGUAUAUGUCGGUAUUGCUGAAGAAGAGGUCAGAAGUUCUUUUGAUUUCAGGUCUGAGGUGGAGAUUGAUGAAGAAAUCAGUCUUAAGGUUUUCUACAAUCAGAAUGGGUGUAAGACUCCAAGUCAAAUGAAAAGAAGAUUGCUGAAGGAUAUGAUGGUCUGUGGUGUUUCCUCAAGUAUAUCAAACCAGUUGUUGUGGAUGCGGAAUUUGGAGAUUUGUAUCUAAGUGAGUGAAGCUUAGGUUUAUUAACUGCAAGCAAAGAAGUGUUGUUUAUCUUCUAGUACAAGAGAUAAACUGGAGUGGCUACAAGAUGAAGAAUGGUAUGUUGGGACUGAUAUCCAGUACAACAUGGAAGCUAUUCAGUCAGCCUAUUACAUGAGGGUUUUAUGCUGAUCACAGUAAUGGUGAAUGGAUGUUCAGCUCAGUGAAGUUCGCAGAGACAUGGUGGAGUGUUUCAGUCUUGUUUAGAAGAUGUCUGGGUUGCUUCAGAGAUGUCAGUUGGUUAAGUUCUGCAAUCUGGUUUCUUCAAGAGUAUGAGCAGAAAGGAAGUUGUUUACUGUGAAGUUGAGGCUCGUGGGUAUUAAUUGUCUUGAGAAGACGGAUGGAACUCAAGCUCAGAUUAGAGUGAAACGUCCGGGAAUGGUUUGGUCUCAUUCGAUGACCAAAAAGUAUGAGCUUGUUCAAGAGAGCUCAAGUUGAAAGUUUCUGAAUGUUCAGAGAGACCAGCUUGGUGUGGGGAGUAUCAGUAUGGUUAUAUGGAUUUUUCCUGAAGAGGUUGCAGUCUCAAGAACAAGUGAUGGCUGUAUAUUCAAAGCUAAAUCAUAAGACGGGUUCUCAGGUUCUGUAGAGGAAGCUUUGUGAAUAUUCAAUCCUUAAAAGAAGAGUUGCAGGUUCUGAUAUUUUUUCAGAAAGACACAAAAGUGUGAGCUUAGUAAAGAGUAUUGAAGUGGUUCAGGGUAUCCCAUAGUGGAGAGUCUGGAGGAAACAAAUGCAGAGAAUGCAAGGAGGUUUCCAAGGUUAUUCACUUCAAGACAGUUGAGUUGUGGUGCAUCGAUAUGCUACACAAGCUAAGAUUGCAAGCAACUGAGGAAGAAGAAGUCCCAUAAAGGACAAGAAAUGCAGAAAAGGCAAGCUGCAUUUGGAGAAGAUUAAUCAGCGUAAACUGAUUGUGUCUAGUACAUCAUAAGAAGGCUUUAUGAAUCAUCUCAGAGAUCACUUACAGAACAGUCAAGUGAUGAACUCAGAAGCAUCAGAGGCACAAUUACAAGUGAAGCUGAUUGUUUAUAGUGAGAUUCAAGUCAAGUCUGCAUUUGGUAAAAGGUGCAGAAGGCAAGUUUUAUGGUGGAGUCUGCAUAGUGGAAAAUAUACUGCAGGGUACUGUUACAGCUCAAGUGUCAUCAUGGGUUCUAGAUGUGAUGAAGAAGUGGCUGUAAGGAGAUGUCUCAGGAUAUCACAGUAGCUGAUAUGAGACAGAGUAUAAGAGUGCUAGUAGGGGUUUCAAAGCUGCUAGUGGUUUCUGUUCUUUUUAAACAGGAUGAUUGAACAAGUAGAAUGUUCAAGAGGUGAAUCAAGAGCUCCAGAAGAGGCUAAUAUGAUUCUGCAUAUUUUUUCUGCAUUGAUUCAAGAGGUUUUGAUUCAAGCUUCAGUGCACAUGAGGAGAAUCAAAGGUCGACAAGGGAAUCAAGUUUGCAGGAGGACAAAGAAAAUAAGCAAUCAUUGUAACAGGCUUAUGGUUUCUUGAUCAGAGCCGUGGAAGAAGUCUGUGUGAUUGGAGAUUCCAUAAGUGGUGGAGCUUAUGAAGAAGUCUGUGACUGGAGAGGUCAUGAGUGGUGGAGCUUGUGGAGAACUCUGUUGUGUUAAAGCUGGUUUUGUGGCUUUAACAGAAGUGAAACAGGGAAGACUUUGUGGUUGGAAGUUAGUGACGACUGGUUAAGAGAAACAGUUCGGUUUUCUCAAGCAAAGACAUGAGAGAAUGGUUCUUGAAAGGUUCAGGUGGGUUAUUCCAAGAGUAUACAGCUCAGGUGGAGUUACUUCUAAGGCUGGAAGAACAAGAGAAUUUCUUUAUCAUGGGGUUUACAAGGAAAUGGUUCAAGUUCAGUGUUAUGGGAAGCAUUUCAAAUCCAUGAAAGAAACCAGUUUGGCUUGGGAGUGUUCUGUGGUUGUUAUAGGAUGUCUUGUGGGUACUCAACUAAGAGAACGGAAGUUUGAAGUGAGUUACACGAAGACUGAAGAGAAGCAACUUGGAAGUUUUGUUUAUCAACAACAAGAAAGGGUGACAGCACAGAUACAAGGUUUGUGUUUCAGAUUGAGAUGAUCAAGUCAGAAGACUUAGCUAAUCUUCUUGUAUGAGAUCAUUGCAAGUAAGAACACAUAGCAGCAGAAAACAGAGACACAAGAGACAGUUAGUCUCUCAUGUGUAAAAGAAGCUGAAGUAUCAAGAAGGCAGAGAAUGGUUGUUGCAGAGACAGACGCAGGACAGUUCCAGAAGCAAGUAAUGAAGUAUACUGUGAGUCUAGGUGAAGACCAGAUGGUUAAAGAUCACAGUUGAUUCCAAGGGGGACACGAGUCAGUGUCAGCAGGAUACAACUUCAUAAGAAGUGUAACCGGAGAAGAUACAUCCAAGGAUGCAAGGUUGAGAACCAAGUUCUGGUUGGCAUUCAAACCAAGGUGGAGAUUUGUGGAGUUAGUUUGAAUCCAAGACAUGUUAUUAAUCAGAUGGAGCUUCAGUAUGAGUUGAAGAGAGUUUCAUUUGAAAAGAGGAGCAAGACCCUUGGAUGGACAAAGAGGGUUUCAAGGAUAAGCUUAAACCCUUAACUCACGUGAUCUCUCUCUCUCCGUUACGUAUGAGUUCGUACGUUUGCAGGCUUGUCUCAGAUAAGACAAAGAAAGCAUGCUGGUUAGUUACUGCUUUGCGUGAAGGGUUAAAGGAGCAGGAGACAAAAGGAACCAAAGCUUAACUCAAGUUAUGGUAGCAAGGGUUAACUCUACCUAUGGUUAGUUGUUGCUUUAGGUUAAGGCUCCAGCAGUAUAAAAGCAACAGAACAGGUCAGAGCUGGGUGUGCCGCUGAAGAAGAGCACCAAAGGGUGCGAAAGCACCAGGAGCUUUAGAGUGUAUAAACACCUAGGCUGAGAGUACUACAAGCACAUAAUUGCUUGGUAGUAGAGAAACUAGAGAGAGGGGAAACAGGGGUUUGAGAGAUAGCUUUGUAUUCACAUGAGAGGGUGAGAGACAAAGCUUGUAACCUCUUUAUCUAGUGGAUUGGUAGCUUGCCUACCCCCUGAGAUGUAGGUACCUCGAAUGAGGCCGAACUCAGGGUAAACAACUAAAGUGUGCUCCCUUUUACAUACCUGUCUUGCAUCAUAUCUCUUAUCAUCAUCAACUUCAUGCUACUGAGUUUUGCAUUCCAAACUAUCUAAGUGCAUAAGUGCUUGAACAAAUGGUAACUUGAUGUCUGUGUAGAGGCAUAGAUCUCAACAAUACACUUUUAAAAAGGCUGGGCUGGCUUCGAUCUUCUCAGGAACACCGGAAACACGCAGCAAGCAAGGAGUCUCCAACCAUAUGACUUUUUUUUGUCGAUAUCUCUUUUUCUCAUUUUCCUCGUGAUCAAAACUUUGAAGCCGAUUCGUUAGCAAAAAGAACCCUAAGCUAAGCGGUUCAUCUGUAAUGGUCUCAUCUUUGGGUUAGACUUGAGCCCAACGCCUUUUAAUUUUAAAAUAAGUGUUACGUGCACACAAAAAAAAAAUGAAAAAGGAAACUCUUUGCUUUAAUAUUCUAUCAAUCUUCUUUCUUCAACUCGAAUUAAGGGUUUCGUUCGAAGUAUCUUGUAACCGAUAGCUACGUUUACUGCAAUGAAUAGCCAUCACAAAAAAGAACUCUUCGAGUCCAGGGACGAAGGGGACAAGAGCCCCCCAGGUAAUAAGCUACAACUCCUCCCUUUAGAUAUGGAGGUGGAGAUACUGACUAGAUUACCCGUGAAGUCUCUUAUGAAGUUCCUAUGCGUGUCCAAGACUUGGUCUUCCCUUAUCCGAAGCCAAACAUUCGCCGCUUCUUACUACGCUAGGUCCUAUGAGACGCGUUCGAGGUUUAGGGUAUUCGUCCAUGGUGGUGCCCAGCGUCUCCUCAUCUUCUCGGGAGAGGAGGAAACUUUCUCUUCUUCUUUGGAUGCCAAUCUAGACAUGACAGUACCCUCAGUGACCUUGGCUCUCGGCGGCUCCAAGUGUACUUCCGUCCACGGCUUUUUCGGCUGUUGUCAUGGUUCAAAUUUCACUAUAUGUAACCCUAGCACGGGGCAAAUCAUUACCUUUCCCUGCAAGGGACCGUACACAUCCUUGGGAUACGAUCCUGUUGAUGAUCAGUUCAAAGCGUUGACCCUGGUGCCAGCUCUGUAUAGUAACCCUAGUUUCAUAGUGCACGAGGUUAUAACACUUGGAGGACGAGGAGGAAGAGGAGUAGUAUCUCGUAGUAAUGUUACCUCUCCAACUUAUUGCCCUAUGACGAAGGGACUAAACAUUAAUGGUUUCAUGUAUUUUGGUGCUUGGGCUCCAAGUCACAGAACGACUCCUGUGUUUGUGUGUUUUGAUGUUAGAUAUGAGAGGAUACUAAGUUUUAUCACAACGCCUAAGGAUGUCCUGGUUUGUGAGGCUUUUUCAAUAUUGAUAGAAUACAAAGGGAAGCUAGCUGUCAUCGUACCACGCCCUUCUGGUGAUCCUUGUUUCGACUGUUUUGAUCUGUGGAUACUGGAGGAUGUGACGAAACAUGAGUGGUCCAAACAAACAUUUGAGCUUCCCUUGUCUCUUCCCUUCACUGCUGGAAUGGGUAAGAGAAUGAUCUCCCAGGGAACCAACAAGGCUGGUGAAAUCAUUUGCAUUUGCUGACGAGGCGAUGGUUUUUCUUUUUUUCAUUCUUUUGUAGUCUUUAUUUUGUUUAUUCUAGUUCCAUAGUUUUAAUCUGAUACCCAAUAAAUACCCCCAUGCUAGAACCAUGCCACCCCUGUGACUGGCUCACAUUUCUUUCUCUCUUGCAUAUGGUGGGUGGCAUUCAUGUUUGCUAUUCCGUUCUACUGCCAACUCCCUGUUCCUUGUAAUACUACCUUAUGUUAAAGUCAGAUAAUUCGACAAAAAUCUUUUGGUCCUCUUUUGUACAUCAGAAGCUAAGCUAACAUAACAAAAUCACACUUUACUAUAGAUUCAAACGGUAUAAUAAAGGUGGACGUCGAAUCUUAAUUAGACCACAUGAAACUUAUAUUUCAAAAUAUUUGAAUUUGCUUACUUGUUUUUUUAUCUAUUUUCUCAGUUAUUUAUAGUUAGAUAUCACAUAAGAUUGAGCAUAACGGACUCGUAAUUAAAUUUGAUUUUGCCAAAAAAAACUUAUAAAAAAACAAAUUACUUCCAAGCUGCACCGCUCCGCAACUAGCUCGUGGUCCUGUGAUUAUUAAAGAAAAUAAAUACAGGGAUAUAUAGGGGAAACAAAUUAUAAAAGUUGAUAUAGUAUAUUUAUCUCCACUGACAAAAUAAACCUUCGUAUAAAAACGAACCAACUUUGAUAUUUAUAAAAGUUGAUAUAAUGCUUGCACCCCUUAAACUAUCACCAACUUUGAUAUUUAUUGAUGUUGCUUGUUUCUUCUCGAGUCUUUGCUCUUGACCAUGCAUGCAUCACCUGAUCAGCAUAGCGGUUUAGAAAAAGAUCAAGAAUCACAUGCCAAAGGUGAAGCCUAAAUUUUUUUGUAAUCUGAGCUCAGUUAAUGUAUACGAACCCAUCAAAAUAAACAAUCACAAGGCUUUAUCCGGGUCUUGUGUAGUCUGAAAAAAGAGUCCUUUGGUAUAAAAGAUUUAAUUGAAUCUCUAUUUAGACAAAACUAUUUAUAAGUAUAAUAAUGUCAAGUGUUGGCUUUCUUUAGUAAUAUAGUGGAAAAUUUCUUAUGUUGAUUUCUGUGAAAUUUUUCUAAACGACAUUUGUUUUGAAACGGUACACAAUAAAAUAACGACCAUGCUUUAAAAAAUGAAAAAUUGAACUCGUCUGUAUUCAAUCAACCCAUGGAUCAGUUUUAAACUACACAAGUCAUAAAUCCAAAAAUAUAUAAGGAUUCAAAGAACCCUACUUCCUCCGUUUUUUUAUAUAUGACGUUUAAAGAUUAUGCACAUAAAUUAAAAAACAUUUAAUUUUUAAACAAAAACAUCAUUAAUUGUUUAUCAAACCACAAUUUAACCAAUAAUAAAAUAGAAACUAUAAUAUCAUUGAUCAUCUAGCAUUAAUUAGUAAUAAAUUUUACAUAGAAAAUUGAAAACGUCAAAUAAUUUGGAAAAUUUUUUUUUUUCUAAAACGUCAUAUAUAAAAAAACGGAGGGAGUAUUUAAUAACACUAGUUUUUGGAGACACGGACAGUUGUUUCCUUCAAUGACUGUUGGGAAUACAUCACAGGAGAGGGAGAAUCAUAAAAAAAUAACUAAACCCUAAACGGAGAGGUAACUUCGAAGCAUAUAUAUGUGAUUUCUCUUGUGAGAUUUACGAGUUGUUUGAUCAUAUGUCGAGGUAAUAUUAAACUGUAAUCAGGAAAUUAGUAUUUUAUUUGUAAUUCCAGCUACAGAUCGUGAUUUUAAUAUUUAAGAUUAAAAUACUCUUGGAACUUCUUUUUCUGUAGAACUUUUAAAUUGAGGUCAAAUUUCUUCAAAUACUGCCUUUAACAAAGUCUCCCCGAAUUUUUCCCUAGUGCCAACAAGGAAUAAUAUUUACGCGAAUAGAUAAACAAAUUUACCUCGUUGUCGAACAUUUUAAACGAAAAUUAUUGAAUUAAAAAGUAUCAAAUAUUUGUGAGGUUAACACGCGUCUGGGGGCCAUCUGUAUGCCUAGCAAAGACGAAUAUAAGUUCAAAUUAUAUAAAACGAAUUAAGAAAUAAAAUAAGUUAAAGACUUGUUUGAAGAAACGUAGUUAAAUUAAUAAAAUAAAAAGUGGGAAGUGCAACUUGUAAGAACAGUAUUGGCCUAUUGGGCAUUAUUUUAACACGUAGGGAGAAUCUUACAGUUGUUCCACUGUAGCUAUCCAUUUUAUAUUUAUUCAUUAAUCAGAGGUCCACCUUCUGUUAUUGUCAAUUACCAAACUUCUCAUUUCUUGGGGCUAUGACUUCAUCUUUUUUUUUUGUAAAAGAAAUAGCCGUCUAAGAAAGUAAUAAUAAGAGAGUAAAAUCUGAAAAUAAAAUAUAAGAGAUAAUAAUAUAAUAAGAGAUUGUAAAAUAAUCAAUGUAUCUAUAAUAUUAUUAACUCCUAUUAUUAACUAAAAUCUGACAAAAAAGAGUUACAUUUACAGUGUAUGUCACUGUGGCUUGGGAAGAUUGAGUUG